CUAAAUAAACGUGCAUGGAAUCCACCCAAGAAAUUCCAAAGCUGUGCUUGGCACCAAUGGUGAGGGUAUGAACACACCCAUUCAGGCUCCUUGCCUUAAGGCAUGGUGCUGACUUCAUCUAUACUGAAGAGAUCAUCGACAAGAAGUUAAUCGAUGUAGAAAGAAUUGUAAACGAGGAUUUAAAGACGAUUGAUUAUGUGAGCAAUAAGGACAAAUCUGUUGUUUUACGUAUCUCUGAAGAAGAAAAGCCAAAAUUGGUCUGACAACUAGGCACCAAUAAUCCUGAAACAGUUGUUAAAGCAGCUAAGAUCAUUCAGAACGAUGUUCAUAGCAUUGAUAUCAAUAUGGGAUGUCCGGAGUUUUUUUCAAUACAUGCUGGAAUGGGAGCUGGGUUGGUCAAACUUCCUGAAAAAGCCAGGAGCAUACUUCAGGCUCUGACUGAAAACAUUGAUAUACCAAUAAGUUGUAAAAUCAGAAUUCUUCCAGAAGCCACUGAUACAUUUGAAUUUAUCAAGACAAUGCAAUCUACUGGAAUUGAACAUUUGUCCAUACAUUCAAGGAUAAGAGAGGAGCUUUCUAAGGGCUUUGCUCAUUGGUCAAUAAUUCGGGAGGUAAUCCAAAACAAGGAUAUUACUAUCCCAAUCCGUGCAAAUGGGGACUGAUUCAGCUGCAAUGAUGCAGUAGAAAUCAAAAGGUACACUUCAUGUGAUGGCAUCCUCAUUGCAAGAGGAGCAUGCCAUAACCCUGCAAUAUUCAAUGAUAUCAAGGAUCAUUGGACAACUGUGUCUCAUGAAGAAACUAAGGAAGAACCAGCUGAAGAUCCUUACCAAGAACAUAAGAAACCCCUUCAUGAAUGUGGCCUUGAUAAGCUAGUCGAGGAAGAAACCAAACUUGAGGAGUUCAAACCUGAGGUAAAAGAAGGGAUGAGCAAAAAUCAAGCAAAGAAAAGGGCUAAGAAGAUGCUCAAGAAAAGCAAGAAAGAUAACUCAGCCCAAAAUGGGACAGAUGGAAAACAGUCCAAAACUUUAGCAAGAAUUAUAGAGACUCGAAACCAUGGAUGAAAUAAAGUUGAAAUCCUAUCUCUUUGCCAAGAAUAUCUCAAGAUAGCGAUAGAGUAUGGCAAUAGAUUUGGGAAUACAAAAUACACUUUGAAUUAUAUGCUCAGGACACAUAAAAAGGAAGAAGAAGCUUUCCAGAGAGUCAAUUCAGCUAGAAAUAUGAAAGAAAUGGCGAAGGCUCUAUCUGUAGAUGAGUUCUAUACAGAACAAGUGGCUGAGCGGCCUGUUCUGAUUUCUUAUUUCACAGAUACAUUCUAUAAAAAGAAAAACAAACUAAAGAGACAGAAAAUAGAAGAGGAGGAGUAA